AUGAUGGAUGGAGAUGGAAACGGACGUACAUUAGCUACCUGGUUGGAAAGUCUUGAUCUUUUACAGUACGUUCAGAAUUUUAUUGACGUUGGUAUUUAUAAGCUAGAGGACUGUGUGACCUUGGAUAGUGAUUUCCUCAAUGACAUUGGCAUCAACUUACUUGGUCACAGGAAGCGAAUCCUAGAACACCUACCACUGAUUAACAUUGAUAGAUAUCAUGAGGAGCGCAACAGGGCCAAGUCUGUACGAACAUUACCACCGAAUCAAGAUUCUCAUUUCACUUACCCAUCACCUAGUAAGGGGGAAGUAACUGCUGAGAUUGUUCUACCAAAGAGAAGUAAGAGUGAAAAGAAGAACAAUAAUAUGUCACAUAUGUACCCAGUGGUGCAGAAAGACUUACCUCCUAUAUCCCCGACCACACCAACAGAUCCCCCCCAGAGGUGUUCUCCUCAAAAUAUAGCACUCCCCAUACGUGUUAAAAGUCCACCACCAAUUGCAACCAUGGCAACAGAAAAACAUACUGCUGUGACCCCUCCUGUUCCUGUCAAACGAGGAGAAGUUCCGGUUCUCUUGCAGGAGACGGACAAACCAAAGGCAAAACCUGUGCCAAAACCUCGCAAAACUUUACAGAGUAAACAAAAAAUGUCCACAUCAGCAUCAGCGCUGCCGUCACAGUCAGAACACUCCAGACCAGGUCUGACACGGCAGUCUGUGUCUAUAUCAGGUAUGACCAUAGAGGAAUCCUCUGACUUCUCUGCAGAUUCCUCAUCAAAAUCAACUUCCGUGGACUCCUCCUCAUAUCAGUCUGGAGAAGGAAGUUGUUUGCCAAUGCCAACAAGUCCUCUGGAUCCAGAUUUAAGUUUUGUGCCUGGGACAUCAUGUGAUCCUGAUAGAAGAACCAUGAGUGAAGUUUAUGUAAAUGUUGACAUUUCUAGUGAAAAUUCUGACAGGAUCAACGAUCCAGCAACAGAUGACCACACUGUCAAUACUGUUAACAAUGGCAACAGCACAGGCAAUGCAUAUGUAAACAUGGAUGUCUCUAAGAAGGAGACUAGUAUAUACGAACCUAUUUGGUUUGGAAAAAGAGAACCAAGCACAACUGGAUGUACUACCACUGCUUCCACACCUGGUUUUUUACCUGUAUCUUGUUCAGGCAGUGAUUUUAAAUCAACUCCACAUAUUGACAGCAUUGUCCCUCUGCCUGGAACAGAUGUUUUUGGACAUUCCACAAGUUUGAGCACCCUAGGUUCAAAAUCUGCUGUGAACUCUAACACCUUUGAGUCAUUUGAGGCUACAAAUGAUAGUGAAUAUGCUAAUGUGGAACCCCCCACUCCACCUAAGACCAGCACUAUCACAUCAAAUACUGUUUCCCCAUUGUCUGAGUUGGAUCUAGACUUCUUUACUAAAGAUACACCUCCAGCAUGUUCAUCAAGCACUCCAAAUGUGGCUGGAACCUUAAGAUCUGGGAAUUUGACAAACACUCAAUUAAACGUCAGUAGCAACAGCGCAGGAUCACCAGAUGCCUCCUUUGAAUUGCCACCUCCAGAUUUUCCUCCCCCACCCCUGCCACCACCCCCUCCUCCAUCAGACAAUAUGGCUGUCUUUGAUCCUCUCGUGUCACAGCCUACAGUCCCUCCUGAAAUUGCAAUGCCCCCUGUUCCACCACGAGUGACAACAACCUCUGGAAGUUCUGGGUAUGUCAAUGUAGUCCCUGGCCUUGCUGCACCUACUAGUAACUCAGAGCAAUCUGUUCAGUCCCCAUGGCCUGCCAUCCAGAAUGAUCUACCAGCAGAACUUUACUUCACACCAAAUAAGGGGAAACCAUUUUCCUCUCAGAUCCACAUGAAUGAAUCCUCAGACUAUUGUUUUGCUAAUUAUAUUACAAAAACACCAGAGAAACCUAAGCUUCAAGAGAUGAAACUGCCUUCCCUGUCCACCCCAGGGCCAGACCCUUUCAAAGAUGAUGACCCAUUCUCUGAGUUUGGAGCAGAAUGUGCCAAGUUCAACCAGGGUAGUGAUGACUUCAGCAUGAAUGCUAACACAGUGUCAACCAAGGCAGACAACUCCUUCGGUGUCUACGAAUUUGCUCAAGAAGAUGAUUCUAAUGACUUUGAUCCAUUUGGUUUGAAAAACAAUAAUCAUGCACCAGGUGGUGCCACAGAAUGGUCAAGCUCGAAAGUUCCAUGUACACUUAAUGAUACUCCGCCUCCUCCCCAUUGGGACAAAACUCUUGAUGACCCUGGCAAAGUGUAUUCCAUGGCCUUUGGUUAUAAUGAUCAAAGUACUGAUGAGUCCAUGUCUGAUUUAGAUGAACAAGAAAAUGUUGAAGGUGUAAACUUACCAGUGAUUCUCUCCAGUCCCGUGUCUAGGCCAAUAUCCAUUGUAUCUGAUGACGAAAUACUGCAUCAAAACAAAGGUGAACGGGCAGGUUACCUGUACAAGCAGGGAGGACAAAAAGGCAACAAAGGUUGGAGAAAAAGAUGGGUGGUAUUCAAUGGAAAGUCUGUACGCUACUAUCCAAAUGCAAAGACCCAAGUUUCCAAGAGAAUUGUGCCUGUAACAUGCAUGUUGGGUGUUACAAACCAGAUAAAGGCUUCUGACACAACAAAGUUUAAAUUCAAUGUUGAGACGAAGAAUCGGACAUUCCAGUUUGCUGCUGAAACAUUAGAUGAUUGUACACACUGGUGUAGCUGUUUAAUGGCUGCCAUCUUAGCUAAGUCUCCUGAGGCCUGUCAUGAGGGUGGGGACAUGAACCAUCCGGACAAACAGGGGUCUAUUCGUUUUGAGAGAUACAGACGAAACCUGCAUGUUGUGUUAAAAGGAGGACAAAUGUGUUACUACAACAAACUGGAGGACUUUAAGAUAGCGUCUCCAAUUCACCAGAUAGAAAUGAAGCUUGCAAGUGUAAAGGAGAUACCAAGGACCUGCAAGCUACGACUGGCGACACAUUACACACAGUUUGUGUUGACCUUUGAGAAAUAUGAGGAAUGUGUCAUGUGGAGGAUGGCGAUGGAGGAAUCAAUAGCUGAUGCUCUGGGAGAUAACACCAUUUUGGACCAGAUCAGAGAGAACCCCAGCAACCGGAAAUGUGCUGACUGUGAUGCCCCAGAUCCUCAUUGGGCCUCCAUCAAUAUGGGUACAGUUCUGUGUAAACAAUGUGCAGGUAUCCAUCGAAAGUUUGAUCUUAAUGUGUCUAAAGUACGGUCACUACGGAUGGACACAUCAGUGUGGUCGCCAAGUCUCAUUGAGAUGAUGAAACAGAUAGGUAAUGAUAAUGCUAAUAUGUUCUGGGAAAAACAUCUCCGGUCUAAGAGUGCCUUCAACCAGGAUAUGGAACCAGCACAGCGUAGGCAACAUCUAGAGAAAAAGUAUGAAGAAAGGAAAUACAUUGAUAAACACCCACUCAGUGACAACAAACUCUCCCUUAGUGAGGAACUGUUAAAAGCUGCCUCCACUGCUGAUAUUCUCCUCACUAUGAUGCUGAUAUUCUCUGGUGCUGAUGUGAAGUUUAUAAAACCCGGCACUGAAGAAGAAACAGCCUUCAGCAUAGCUAAGGCAGCUGGCCAGAGACUACAGAUGGAGCUGCUGUACCAGAAUGGUGGCGAUUUAUCAUCAGCCCGACUCUAUGAUGAACCAGAUAAGGCCAGGGAAUCCAGGAUCAGAUCUGAUGUGCGCACACAAGGGUUCCUGAUGAAGACUGGUUCUGAUAAAAAAGUUUUCCUGAAACGGUUUUGUGUGCUGGAGCAUGGCUGUAUGCGAUACUUCACAAAUGAAAAAAGUGGGACAGCGAAUGGUGUCAUCGAUCAUGAAAGCAUGCUGUGUGUCCAGGCUACUCCUACUGACCGGUCGAUACUGAGUAUCAAGGCUCCCCUUAUAAACCAAAAAAUGGAGAUUACCAACAGAUACCCUGAGGCGUUUGAACUGAGUACUUCUUCGUCUACGGGGAAUCGCGUAUAUCUGUUUGCCGCAGCCUCUCCUGAAGAGAAGAUGACAUGGAUGAGGAAAAUAUCGGAGCUGAUCUGUCCAAUACCGUUGAUAGAAGAUGUGCGACAGCAGGAUUUCUCCCUGGCAGGAAAAUUUUAUAUGAAAGAAGGGUUAUCUUCCACCUGGUAUGAGACCUGGGUUAUGAUCAACAAAAAGGUUGUGUUAUAUACAGACAUGGAUAUGAAGCUAACAGAUGAUGUAGACCUCAGAAAAGCUGUUAAUAUCAAAUACCAUCAUGAUGAUGCAGUGAGCAGUAGUGCAUCCUGUAAAGAGAAUGGCAAACACUUUGUCCUUGAUCUCCCUGGUGGCAGGGCAUUGUACUUCCAGGCAGACUUAAUAAAAGACACAGAGAGGCUAUUCAAUGCAAUCAGUAGUUUGAUGAGGUCUGGUGGGAACACACUGGUUGACCAACAGCUGACAUCAGAUGACGUACCUGUGAUAGUGGACAAAUGUCUGAAGUUUAUAGAAGAGCAUGGCCUACGAGAGGAAGGUAUAUACAGAUUAGCUGCCAUACACUCUAAGGUUGAUACACUUCUACAGAUGUUUGCCAAAGAUGCUAAUGCUGUGAAGCUGGAGAUGGGCACGCACACUGUACAUGAUGUAGCCAACGCCCUCAAACGAUUUUUCCGACAGCUCAAGGAGCCACUUCUUAUGGCCCAUCUUUAUGACACCUGGAUAGAGAAAAGUUUAGAGACAGAUGUCACAGGUAAGAUCUCAGCAAAUCCCACCAAGCUAGAUUGGUAUCAUUACUACAUACGAGAACUACCAAUAGUACACAGUCGUACAUUCAGACGAUUAGUCAUCCACCUAGCCAAAGUGGCACGUUACAGUGAAGAAAACAAGAUGACUGUCAAAAACUUAGCUGCAUCAUUUGGGUCAACCUUGAUGAAGGCAGUCAAUGACACAUCUAAUACUGCAAUACUACCGGUGGCAGAAGGAGGUCAGAAUAUUCCCCAUGAGAUGCGCGUCAUAGACGACAUCAUCACUCACCAUGAACAGCUUUUUGAGCUGGAGAAGGACAAGGAAGACCAGAUAAGAGAAGCGGAGAAGCGCUUUAAGGAGCUAGAAUUAAGGGCUAGCAAACGGCAAAGUUCCUAUGGUGAUCCUCUGAUGGUUUCUGUCCACUUUCUUAUCCACAAUGGACAGAGUGAAAGUGUUCAUUUAAAACAUGACACAAAAACAGCAGAUGUUAUUGGGAUUCUAUUAGAAAAGUUUAAAGUACAGACGUCCUCUAUAAGCUACGCCCUUCAUGAGGUGGUGUGUAAUGGUUCUGUAGAACGCUUGCUGUGUCCUGAAGAAGAUCUCUAUAAGGUGGUUAUGUCUUGGGCAGACUGGCAGAGUGAAUACAGCAGAACCGCAUGUCUAUGCCUCAAACCCGCAGAGCUGGCGUACAAGCUUGAGAAUAGUUUUGAGCCUGGGAAAGCACCAAAUUCUGACCUAAAGUUCAGCAAGAAAGACAAAAGUUUUGGCAAGUUUUGUUUCCAGUUUGUCAGCAGCAAGCUGACAUACAGUAAGACUUCAAGGCCAUUUCAGUUAACUCAGAAGUCUGUGAAUUCUUGGAAUGUAGAAGAUCUCAGUAUCUACAUUGGAGCUGAUCCAGAACGCAAGGCAGCUAAAUUCCCAAUCACCUUCAUGAAGAAAGGAGACAAAGUGGGUUCGAAAGAGAUGCCAUACUUUGGUUACACACUGAGUUUUGCAUCAGAGGGAGAACAGAUGAAGUGGGCCGCAGCUAUGGUGAAGGCACAGAAUCCUGGGCCCCUGACAACAUGA